AUGCCUGUGUCCAGACCUAAACCUCAGACAGCAGGUGGACAGCUGGUGCCAGCUCUGGGAUACUUAGCUUGCAUCCCACCAAAGAGAUUAGUUGUGCUGUUUUACAUUCCUGCUAGCAGUAUUUGUGAUUUCCAGGUGCUGCACAUCAUUACCAACACACUCGAUUCCUGGAAAGCAUUGGUAAGUUCUCUCUCCAUGGGGAUGAUCUUCUUCUGCUGUCCAAUAGUCAGCGUCUUCACAGACCUGUUCGGUUGUCGGAAAACAGCCGUGGUGGGCGCUGCCGUCGGAUGCAUUGGGCUCUUGUCCAGUUCUUUCGUAAGUUCCAUCGAGCCUCUGUACCUCACCUACGGAAUCAUAUUUGCCUGCGGCUGCUCCUUUGCCUACCAGCCCUCCUUGGUCAUCUUGGGGCAUUAUUUCAAGAAGCGCCUUGGACUGGUCAACGGCAUUGUCACCGCCGGCAGCAGUGUCUUCACCAUCCUGCUGCCUUUCCUCCUGAGGGUGCUGACGGAGAGCUUGGGCCUCUUCAACACCAUGAGGGUCCUCUGCAUCUUCAUGUUCGUGCUCUUCCUGGCUGGCUUCACUUACCGACCCCUGGGUGCCACGGACAAAGACAAAGACAGAGACUGUGGGACCAAAGGAGCCAACGGCUCCUCCCUCUUCUCCAGGAGAAAGUUCAGCCCGCCAAAAAAAGUCUUCAACUUCGCCAUCUUCAAGGUGGCUGCUUACGCAGUGUGGGCAGUGGGAAUACCGCUGGCACUUUUUGGAUACUUUGUGCCUUACGUUCACUUGAUGAAGUACGUGAAGGAAAAGUUUAAGGAUGAAACCAAUGAAGUGGUGCUUCUCAUGUGCAUUGGCAUCACCUCUGGAGUCGGGCGGCUGCUAUUCGGACGGAUCGCAGACUAUGUGCCUGGAGUGAAGAAGAUUUACCUCCAGGUAGUCUCCUUUGUCUUCAUUGGUCUGAUGUCCAUGAUGAUUCCCCUGUGUAACGUCUUCGGGGCCCUCAUUGCUGUCUGUCUCAUCAUGGGUCUCUUCGAUGGCUGCUUCAUCUCCAUCAUGGCCCCCAUUGCUUUUGAGUUAGUUGGUGACCGAGAUGUCUCCCAAGCAAUUGGAUUCCUGCUCGGAUUCAUGUCUGUACCCAUGACAGUGGGCCCACCCAUUGCAGGGUUACUUCGGGACAAUCUGGGCUCCUAUGACGUGGCAUUCUAUCUUGCUGGAAUCCCGCCCCUGGUCGGAGGUGUGGUGCUCUGUUUGAUCCCGUGGAUCCAUAGUAAGACGCAAGGAGGCACCAGCCAAAGCCCCGGAGGAGAAAAGAUGGAGAAAAUGUUGGAGGAGAACCAGAACUCUGUGCUCUCCAGCUCGGCUGGACUCCUCAAGAAAGAGUCUGACUCUGUUAUUUAAUAGCUCACAUAUCUGCACCAGACCGGACUUGCUUCCAGAAGCUAAAGCAAGUCUUCCUUUUCUAUAAAUCAUACAUUUAUUAUUUUUUUAAAAAUCAACAUUAGGGAAAUAGAACCUUUUUACCCACGAGUCUGGGGGCGGGCUCUGAUAUGUGAGAGGAGGUCUGAAAGUCAAAUUUUAUUUAAUUGUGAAAAUCUGAAGCUAUCUCUGUAAAAAGCAACUUUGGAAACUGUGAAUGCUAUUUAGCUUGUGCAAAUAAUUUUAAAUACCUCAAAUCUACACUAAAAGGGUUGCAGUUUG